GAUUGUUCAUAGGCGACGGCGGCGGCUAUUGGGACGGUAGCGCUGAUCGGCAUCGAAGGCGAUGGAGCCCCGACGGCGAGAUCCCGGGGAACGAGCCCCUGUAUAUGGUGAUUUUGAUGGGCAUUUCACAGUAGAGUUUCAUCACAAAGGAUUCUUCUAUGGAACUGGCAACAACAACUACUACAUUGACUAUGAAGUUGAUUGGUUUGAUCAUUGUGAUUGUGACACUUGGUCUAUACUGUGGAUUGAAGACUUUGUGAAGCAGCUGGGCUAUGAUAGAGAGACAGGGCAGCAUGAUGUAUACUGGUGUCAGCCUAGAAGGGCACUUAAUGAAGGAAUGAGAGAGAUGAAGUCUGAUGCUGAUAGCCUUGCCAUGAUAGCAGCUAGCACUAUACACAAGAAUCUGUUGCUGCUCAUAGACCAUGGAGAAACAUUAAACAACCUUCUUAGACAUCAUAUUACAGUUGAUGGACUGCCUGAGUUGCCAAAGGUCGUAACCCCAACAAAAGAUGGCAAGGGAAAAGAACAAGCUAGCUCAACUGAAGUGAUAAGUGAGAAAACUGAAAGGAGAGCAAGGAGAUUGUUUACUGAAGCAACAUCUACAGGAUGUGUUGAUGAAGAAGUGGAGGAAGAACAUAAAAAUGGUGCAGCAGAUUCAGACACAGAUGAGGAAUUCUAUGAUAGUGACUAUGAUAUUAUGGAUGGGGAUGAUGAUCUUUUUGAGGAACAUGUCGACAAAGAGGUGGAUGAUCACAGAGAAAAGGUUUACACAUGUGACUAUCAAACAGAGCUAGCAGAAGAUGCUCUAGAUGAUCCUACCAUAAUGUUAUCCAAAGAAGAGAGGGAUAAACUUAAGUACAACUUCAAGACUUACAAUCCAGAAACUGAUUUGAACGCACAUGUAUUCAGAUUAGGUAUGGUGUUUGGUACUGUUGGGGAGCUGAGGCAUGCUAUUACCUCUUAUAGCAUCAGAAACAGAGUUGCAAUCAAAAAGACUAGAAACACAUCAACUACAGUAGAAGCAGUAUGCGUUGAUGAUUGCCCGUGGUACUUGAAAGUAGGGAUGGAUAACAGGAAAAAUAGCUUUGUGAUCAAGAAAUACUAUGAUCAGCACACAUGCCCUAAGACAUGGAAGCUGAAGGGUCUAACUGCUCCAUUUUAACCAAAAAAUUGAGGGAUGAGUUUAGGGGCAACAAGAAGAUGCCAUUGCAGAAAUUUGAGGAGAAGGUUCAACAGGAGUAUAAUCUAAUUCCAAGUAGGAGCAAGUUGGGAAGGGCUAGAAGAGCAUCGGUAAAGGAGAUCAGAAGUGAGGAUGAUGACCAGUAUAAGAUGCUAUGGGAUUAUGGAGAGGAGUUGAGGCAAACAAACCCUAGUAACAAGUUCUACCUUUGCACAAAGGAGAUCUUUGAUGAAAAGACCAAGGAGACAAAAGAACAUUUCUCAACUUUGUACUGGUCAUUGGAUACUUGCAAGAGAGGUUGGUUGUUGGGAUGUAGGCCAAUCCUAUUUGUGGAUGGAUGUCAGAUUAAGACUAGGUACAAAGGGAAUUUAUUGAUAGCAGUGGGUAUUGACCCCAAUGGUUGUAUUUUUUCCCUAGAAUUUGGGAUUGUUGAAGUGGAGUCUACUAGCAGCUGGGAGUGGUUUUUGGCUAGCCUAAAGGACGACCUCAACAUAUGCAACACCUCUCCAUACACAAUCAUGCGUGAUAAGCAAAAGGGUCUUAUAGCUGCAGUUGCAAAGGUGUGACCAGAUGUUGAACACAGGUUUUGUAUUAGGCAGAUGUAUCAGAAUUUCCACAAGCUUCACAAGGGGAACAACUAAAGAACAAUCUGUGGGCUAUUGCAAGAGCCACAAACACUCCAACAUACACCAGAGCAAUGGACAAGAUGAAGGCAGAUAGUGUACCUGCAUACAAAUGGGUUGAUAAAUGGUCACCAAGAACAUGGAUUAAAUCUUUUUUUAAUCCUUUUCCAAAGUGUGACAUCCUACUCAAUAACAUGUUUGAAGUAUUUAACAGAACAUAAUGCCACACACACAGUCCAUGCACACAUGGAUCCAAGUCAAACUCUAGGGUCCAUGGUUUAUCUCAUGCAGCAAAUGGAUAGGAAAGCGUACAAACCAAGCAUGGAUCAUGGACCUCUUCCAGAAUCAACAUUUGUUGCUCAAGCAAGAAAUUACAUACCCCCUCCCAGGGUUACAACUGCUAUGUCAAGAGGCAAUGUUAGAAGAAGAGGAGUCACUGAAGACAUACUAGAAGAUGUACCACAGUCAAGCAACCAAGCAGCUCCAACUUCAAGAGAAAGAAAGAGAAGAGCAGCUGGAGAUGGUGGAGCAGCUGGCAGGGGAGGCAAAGGAGUUGGUGGAGCAGGUGGAAGGGGAGGCAAAG